AUGUCGAAUAAUAGCAUUUCAAUAUACAAAUUCAAACCAUUUGAGUUCACUGUAUUAAAGAAAAAUCUUGAUCCGCAGCAAUGUCCAUUGGUGAGACUUGGCCAUCGAGUAGUGUGCAAUACUGCCUAUUUACUCUCGAUUGGAGGUUUCAAUUCUGAUAAAGAUGAUGAUCGUGGUCAAGGAGAGACAUCAAUUAUGCAGGAGAUUUGGAUGUAUUGUUUUGAUUUAGGUGAAUGGAAAAGUAUAAAAUGCCAAAAUAUUCCUCAUAAAUUAGCAUCUAGUCCAGUUUCACUAUGUGGUAAUAUAAUUAUUACACAUGGAGGUACUGACGUUCCAUCUGGUGACUAUUGUAGCAACCGCAUGUACGUGGGAAAUGUAGCCAAUGCUUUUAAAGAAAGUGGAAUGAAAUUUAAAGAGAUAAUAGGGUCUGGAGAUGUUCCGAUACCAUUAUAUGGACAAGGUGUCGUAAUGGAUGGUAAAUAUAUUUAUUCAAUUGGUGGCACAACUGGUAUCGGAUAUGAGAUGGAUGUUCAUCGAUUUGAUCUGCGUACAAAUAAAUGGGAGUUAUUACAUAAGUCACUAGGGGAAGAUGAAGACGCUGAAUCUAGAUAUCUACAUGAUGUGGUAUUCUACAAGGGCAGUAUAUACAUAUUCGGUGGCACGGGGGAAGAUGAAGAGAAUAUUGCUGUUGAGUAUGGUUUUUCGGAUAUCGAUAUGUUUGAUGUGGCCAACAAACAGUGGCAUUUGCUUCCAACCAAACCCGACCACAAGGAGCCAGAACCUGGUUAUCCGAUUAACAGAUGCUGGCAUAGCUGUGUCCAAUGUCCUGAGAAAUCCAAUUUGGUGUAUUUAUGUGGUGGUCUUGGUCUUGAUUACCAAUCCUUCAAUGACGUUUGGCGUAUUGAUAUUGACACUAUGCAAUGGGAAAAGAUUACCAAUUGUAUAAUGCCUCUUCCAGUAUACUUGCACUCAACUGCUGUAACGCCUUCUGGUCGUAUGUGUUGUUAUGGUGGCAUAGUUACUGAACGUAGUGAUUUAGAUCCAGCUAACCGUUCAAAUGAUAUUACUAGUGCAUGGAUUACGAUACCCAAAUUGAAAGUUAUAUGUUGGGAAGCAAUGAUUCACUAUUUCAAAGAACAGAUGUUUAAGUCUAGUGAUGAGUGUCUAAAGAAAAUUGGUAUACCUCAAGAAUUCUAUGAACGAAUAAUUGAAGCUCGUAGAAUUUGUUAA